AAAUCAACUUAUCAAACGUCCUGUGCAUUUUACCGCGCUAGGAAAAAAAAAUCCAGAAACGCACUCUCGCGGGAUAGACAACCGGAGAACCGCGUUCGCAAAUUGGUCCCAACGAGUUAGUGCCUGACGUUUUAGACGUCCGCUAUCGAAAGCCGGAAAGCCGCUCCGGAGUGGACAACGAAAAGCAAACAAAACACUAACGAUACGGAGCAAUAAAACGGGAUUAUAAGCAAAUAUCAGCUCGCAGCUAAACAAUAAAAAUGGGUCCCAAAAAAGCCAAAGGAAGCACGGUCAUCGAUGGCGUGGACACAUCCAGUAUGUCCCGCGAACAGCUAGAACAGUUUGCGCUCCGACUCCGCAACGAAAUGGAACGGGAACGUGAGGAGCGAAACUUCUUCCAGCUGGAGCGGGACAAACUGCGCACGUUCUGGGAAAUCACGCGCAAACAGCUGGAAGAAGCGAAAGCCGUGAUCCGUAAUAAAGAACGUGACGUUGAAGUGGCCCAAGAGCUAGCCGAUCAGGAUACGAAAAAUGUGAUGCAGGAGAUGAAGCACCUGCAGUACGAGCAUCAGUCACACAUCGGGGAGCUGAAGGCGGAAAUGAUGACACAGCUCAAGAUGGCUCAAGAGGACCAUUCACUACAGGAACGGGAACUGCUAAACGAUAAACGGGACUUGCGACGGUUGCUGCGAGAGAAGGAAGAGAACUCCGAACUCGAAGUACAACAGCUCAAGUUGAAGCACAGUGAACUGCUAAGUCGAGAGCGCGCCAAAUUCAAAGAGGAAAUCGAAGCGAUGACUAAACUUUUCGAGCAGAGACUACAGAGCUACAAGGAGGAUGCCGAAGUUCGUCACGAAAUGGAACAAUCCGAAGUCGAGGAACGCAAGAAUGGCCAAAUUGCUGAACUGAUUCAAACCAAUGAAAACGCAUAUAAGGAAAUGAAAGGCUACUACAACGAUAUCACGCUAAACAACCUGGCUCUGAUAAAUAGCAUGAAAGAGCAGAUGGAAGAACUGCGAAUCCAAUCGGACAAGGAUCUGAAAAGCCACGCGGAAGUGAUGGGUGAGAACAGGAAGCUUGUGGAGCCUUUGAAACAGUCACAAACUGAGCUCGUUGAGUUGCGCAAGAAACUGCAGUAUUACGAUCGCGAUAAGGCCACCCUGAAUCGAGUGAAAACUCGCCUCAGCUCAACGCAAAAGCAAUUGAGCAGCCUGAAGCUCGAGUCGGAUGUGCUGCAGAUGCGGUGUGAAAAAUUGGUCGAAGAGCGUGACCAGCUGAAGAAUAUGUUUGAAAAAUCCAUCCUGGAGCUGCAACAGAAGUCAGGUUUGAAAAACUCUUUGCUUGAAAGGAAGCUGGAAUACAUCGAAAAGCAAACAGAACAACGUGAGGCAAUUCUAGGAGAGGUUCUGUCGCUAGCGGGAAUCGAACCGCAAUCAUUGAGCAUCCGUAUUGAGAAGCUUUUGGUUCAAAAGAAUGACAAAAUCCAAGAUUUGCGCUAUGAACUGGCUCGGGUCAGCAAGAUGUACGACGAUCUGCUGUCGAUGAUGGAAGCAAAGUUGGCCAAGUUUGGUAUAACUUUGAAAGAUCUGGAGCUUAGUAGUAUGCGAUUGGAGAAGUAA